AUGACGGAAUCUGCCACUAAUACCAACACACAGGCAAAAGGCAGUAAAGCAAAGGUUGUGGUAGAUCGUGAGAAGACAUGUCCUUUUCUAUUACGAAUGUUUUGUAAAGAAGCCGGACAUCACAGUAUAACAGACUAUUCAACGGAACGUCAGCCGACAGAGGACGAAGUUCAAAUAUAUACAUGGAAGGACGCAACACUAAAGGAAUUAGCCAACCUACUAAAAGAAAUAAACCCCGAAGCACAACGAAUGGCUGCUCGUUUAUCUUUUAAACUCGUCUAUCAAGACAAUGUACGCGGACGUUACGUAUUCAAAGAUCUCGGGAUGAUUUCCUUGACGUUGCUUUAUUCCAUGGACCUCAGUUUACGAGAAACGCAAACGAGAGGAGGGGAAACGUGUUAA